AUGUGUUUAUUAGUAUAUACGGAUCGAUACUAAUCUUUUAGGUUACAGCUUCCUCCGAUUAAAUCAAUGGACAACCUCUCGAAUGCUUUCUCCCUACUCGCCUUCGCCGACGAAGAUGCUCCAAUGGCUUCCUCUUCUUCUUCCUCCUCCGGGAAACAAGUAGAGAGAGUAAAUGGGUCAACAGAGAUUGGAGAUUACAAGCAACCACUGGUCUGGAUUGACUUGGAGAUGACUGGUCUAAAUGUUGAAGAAGAUAGGAUAUUGGAGAUUGCUUGUAUAGUUACUGAUGGGAAUUUAACCAAAUCAGUGGAGGGUCCAGAUUUAGUUGUACAUCAAACAAAAGAAUGUAUGGAUAAAAUGGGUGACUGGUGCCAAACUCAUCAUGGAGCUAGUGGGUUGACGAAGAAAGUGCUCUCUAGUACGAUAAGUGAAAGUCAAGCUGAGAAAGAGGUCACUGAAUUCAUAAAGAAGCAUGUUGGCUCUGAAAAUCCACAAUUAGCUGGAAACUCUGUCUAUGUAGAUUAUCUUUUCUUAAAGAAGUACAUGCCAGAUUUGGCUGCCCUUUUCCCUCAUAUACUCGUCGAUGUCAGUAGCGUCAAGGCUCUAUGUUCCCGAUGGUUCCCAAAAGAGAGAAGAAGAGCUCCUGCAAAGAAAAACAACCACAGAGCAAUGGAUGAUAUAAGAGAAAGCAUAAAGGAGCUUAAGUACUACAAGGAAACAAUAUUCAAACUCCACAAAGCAAGAAGAUGAGCAGAGUUAGGUACUGAGAUAUACAGUCAUAUUUUUUUGAAGAUUGUAUUCUGACAAAACCAUACAAGAUUGUUUCCCUACAAAAGAACCAUCCUUGUUUGGUAAUUAAAUUUGGAAACCAAGCAAAAAUGUUCAUGGGUCUAUUACCAAAUUUAGUACUAUAUUUAGCC